AUGUACGGCAUCCCACCGCCGCCGCGAUUGCCCAAAGACGCGCCUCAGCCAAAAGUCUCCCCUUCCUCCUCCUCCUCGCGACCAACGUCCUCCUCCUCUUCCCGCUUUACAGAGAUCGACCCGAGCAGCUCGAGCAGUGCGGCGAAACGGACGAGUCAUGGCGGAAAUGGAGAGCAAUCGCUCGUCUCGUACCUCCUCGAACACCCUGCCGCCCUCUUCACCGACCACGAGCGAUGCUUCGACCUGGUUGCGACGGCGGUCUUGCUGUGGGAAUCUGUGCUAUCGGUCGGAGUCGUCAAGUAUAUCAAGUAUACCGAGAUCGACUUCAGCACGUACAUGCAACAGGCGCAGGUGUUCCUUGACGGCGAGCGGGAUUACAGCAUGAUGAAGGGAGACAGCGGGCCAGCUUACUACCCCGCCCUGCACAUCUACCUCUACUCGGCCAUUUCGCGACUGACCGCCGGCGGCAAGCACCUUGAGCGAGCGCAAUGGCUGUUUGCUGGCGUGUACGUCUUGACGAUGGCGAUCGUCAUCUUCGGGAUCUACCGCAGGAAACCCAAGAUCCCGCCUUACGCCCUUCCCCUCCUCACCAUCUCGAAACGUCUCCACUCAAUCUACAUGCUCCGCAUGUUCAACGACGCGCUCGUCAUGCUCUUCGUCUACUCCGCCAUCGCCCUCUAUAUGGUGCCGGUGAAGGCGACAAGUCCCACGGAGCGAUGGAAGCUUGAGCGGAGGUGGCUGUUCGGGACGGUCUUGAUGAGUUGCGCCCUCUCGAUCAAGAUGUCGACCCUCCUCUUCCUCCCCGCGCUCUUCUACCUGCUCUGCACGCACUUCUCGCCUCUCACCCUCGUCCAGCACAUCCUCGUUCUCCUCCUCACGCAGACCCUCUUCGCUCUCCCCUUCACCCUUCCCUCCCGUUCACACCUCACGACCUACCUCUCGCAAGCAUUCGACUUUUCCCGCACCUUCGAAUGGGAAUACACGAUGAACUGGCGGUGGCUAGGCGAAGAGGCGUUCGAGAAUCCGGCGUGGGGGAAGAUGUUGCUCGUUGCGCAUGCGGCCGGAUUGGGACUGUGGGCGUGGAAGUGGGCAGAAGAGGAUGGCGGAGUCGAGAAGGUGUUGAAGCGGGCGAUGUUGAAGCCGACGACGAAGCCGGCUCUCACGGCGUUGACGUCCUCGCGCAUCGCAACGCUCUUCUUCGUCUCGAAUCUCACCGGCAUCGUCUGCGCUCGCUCAUUGCACCCGCAGUUCUAUGCCUGGUUCGCGCAUCAGGGCGUCUGGAUGGUGUUCGGGACGGGAUGGGCGAUCGAGCCCAUGCACGGCCUCGUCGUUCUCUCGCUCGUCGAGUACGGCUUUUCCGUCUGGCCCUCGACCGUCAACUCCUCCCUCGGCCUCGUCCUGUCCCUCCUUGUCACGCUCGUCAGCGUCUACUACGUCGACUCGAACCCCAGUACGCGUCAAGGAAACAAAGAGGAGGUCGUCGUGCCGGUGGAGUGGACAGAUGCGCAAAGCAAGGGUGGGAAGAAGGAGUAG